UGUUGGCAAAGUAAUGUCUCUGCUUUUUAAUAUGCUGUCUAGGUUGGUCAUAACUUUCCUCCCAAGGAGUAAGCGUCAAAUGCAAGGUAGCCAAAUACUAUUAGCACCUGAAGAUAAAUCCCUUUGCUCAGCUUUUUGUCUCUUUUUAAAGGUGACUUUUAAAACUGUCAGGCUCUGCAUUUAUACUUAAGAAGUCUCCCUCCCUCCCCUGAUGCACUGUAGAAGCAGGAUUGGGAAGCUGUUUUUGCGGGAGGACACAGCCAGCCUUCUGCCAGAGCCCAUCCAAAGGUCCUUCCACUGGGCUCUAAUGUGAGCAGAAAAGUAAUCUUAUCCCUAGCCUUUAUAAUGUAUCUUCACUUAUUUCUGGGCACUUGAUUACUUCAAACACCAGUAGGACUCUUGAGCCCAGAGGUAACAGUAGAAAAGGUAUAAAGGAUUUGAGAAAUGAACCGGUUUUUGUGGCUUGGAGAAAUAAAAGACCAAGGUAUGAGUUAAUCCCUGUUCUCAAACACAUGAAAUAAUUUUACCUGGAAGGUGGUACCAGCUGUUAGCCAUUUGAGCGAAAACAAACAAAAGGACUUAGGUUGCAGCUGGAGGGAUUUUAGGUAGACAUUUUUCGUUAAGUGGGUCUGGGUGGGAACUGGGUUCCCAUCCCAGUAGAUUGUUGAUUAAGGUCCAGCAUGGAGGGCAGUAAGGUGGAUUUGAGGAAUUUCAGCAUCCUCAAAAUCAGGCUUCAUGAUUACAAAAUCAGCACCUGUGAAUGCCCUUCGUGCCCAGAGCUGCAGAGUCAGAAGAGGCAGAAGUGGAUGUGAGAGAAAGAGAGACACAGAGAGACAGAGAGCCAAAGAGGGCAAGAGACUUGACUUUAAGAGACUCCUGUACUGACAACUCCAUGCAGUUCGGAACCAGAACGACUCCAGCUGAACCAGGGUUCAUGGGAACAUGGCAAAACGCUGAUACUAACCUCUUGUUCAGAAUGUCCCAACAGGUCCCAGUGGCAUGUGCUGGCAGAGUGCUGGGUGCAGACUUCUGCCCAAACCUGGAGGAGCCAGACCAGAGGCUGGAAGUCCAGGCCAUCCGCUGCACACUGGUGAACUGCACAUGUGAGUGUUUCCAGCCGGGGAAGAUUAACCUGAGGACUUGCGAUCAGUGUAAACAUGGCUGGGUGGCACACGCCUUGGAUAAGCUCAGCACGCAGCACCUGUACCACCCCACCCAGGUGGAGAUCGUGCAGUCCAACGUGGUGUUCGACAUCAGCAGUCUGAUGCUCUACGGCACGCAGGCGGUGCCCGUGCGGCUCAAGAUCCUACUGGACCGUCUCUUCAGCGUCCUGAAGCAAGAGGAGGUGCUCCACAUUCUGCAUGGCCUGGGCUGGACGCUGCGCGACUAUGUCCGGGGGUACAUCCUUCAGGAUGCUGCCGGCAAGGUGCUGGACCGCUGGGCCAUCAUGUCUCGAGAAGAGGAAAUCAUCACCCUUCAGCAGUUUCUGCGGUUCGGAGAAACCAAAUCCAUCGUGGAGCUGAUGGCGAUUCAGGAGAAAGAAGGGCAGGCCGUAGCUGUACCAUCUUCAAAGACAGACUCAGACAUCAGAACUUUCAUUGAGAGCAAUAAUCGCACCAGGAGUCCCAGCCUCCUCGCCCAUCUAGAGAACAGCAACCCUUCCAGCAUUCAUCACUUCGAAAACAUCCCCAACAGCCUCGCCUUCCUGCUGCCAUUCCAGUACAUAAACCCAGUCUCAGCCCCGCUGCUAGGAUUGCCUCCAAACGGGCUGCUGUUAGAGCAACCAGGACUGAGACUGCGGGAGCCCAGCCUUUCGACCCAGAAUGAAUAUAAUGAGAGCAGUGAGUCUGAAGUCUCCCCCACGCCCUACAAGAAUGAUCAAACGCCCAAUAGAAAUGCCCUGACCAGCAUCACUAACGUGGAGCCCAAAACCGAGCCAGCCUGCGUGUCUCCCAUUCAGAAUUCCGCCCCAGUCAGUGAUCUGUCCAAAACUGAACACCCGAAGAGCUCAUUCCGGAUCCACCGGAUGAGAAGGAUGGGGUCAGCCUCCCGGAAGGGAAGAGUGUUCUGUAACGCGUGUGGGAAGACGUUCUAUGACAAAGGUACUCUCAAAAUCCAUUAUAACGCCGUUCACCUGAAGAUCAAACAUCGGUGCACCAUUGAAGGCUGCAAUAUGGUCUUUAGCUCCCUCCGCAGCCGGAACCGCCACAGUGCGAACCCUAACCCUCGCCUUCACAUGCCUAUGCUAAGGAAUAACCGAGACAAAGAUUUAAUCCGGGCCACGUCCGGGGCUGCCACCCCCGUCAUAGCAAGUACAAAAUCGAAUCUCACACUCACGAGCCCUGGCCGGCCCCCAAUGGGUUUUACCACUCCCCCACUAGACCCUGUCUUACAGAACCCUCUCCCUAGCCAGCUGGUGUUCUCUGGGCUAAAGACUGUCCAACCCGUUCCUCCAUUUUAUAGAAGUUUACUCACUCCAGGGGAAAUGGUGAGUCCUCCGACCUCCCUCCCAACCAGUCCCAUCAUUCCAACCAGUGGUACCAUAGAGCAGCACCCCCCACCGCCCUCUGAGCCAGCAGCGCCAGUAGUGAUGAUGGCCACUCAUGAGCCCAGUGCCGACCUGGCGCCCAAGAAGAAGCCCAGGAAGUCCAGUAUGCCUGUGAAGAUCGAGAAGGAAAUUAUCGAUACCGCCGAUGAGUUUGAUGAUGAAGAUGACGACCCCAAUGACAGCGGGGCUGUGGUCAACGAUGGGAGCCAUGACAAUCACUGCCACUCCCAGGAGGAGAUGAGUCCGGGCAUGUCGGUGAAGGACUUUUCUAAGCAUAGCAGGACCCGGUGCAUUUCAAGGACAGAAAUAAGAAGGGCUGAUAGCAUGACUUCUGAGGACCAAGAACCUGAGCGGGACUAUGAGAAUGAGUCUGAGUCUUCGGAGCCCAAACUCGGUGAGGAAUCCAUGGAGGGGGAUGAGCACAUGCACGGUGAGGUGAGUGAGAAAGUCCUGAUGAACAGUGAGAGGCCGGACGAGAACCACAGUGAGCCCUCUCACCAGGAUGUCAUCAAGGUGAAGGAGGAGUUUACAGAUCCCACUUACGACAUGUUUUACAUGAGCCAGUAUGGGCUGUACAACGGCGGGGGUGCCAGCAUGGCAGCCCUGCACGAGAGUUUUACAUCCUCUCUGAAUUACGGCAGCCCUCAGAAGUUCUCCCCAGAAGGGGACCUGUGUUCUAGCCCAGACCCUAAAAUCUGUUAUGUGUGCAAGAAGAGUUUCAAAAGCUCCUACAGCGUGAAGCUUCACUACAGAAACGUUCACUUGAAAGAGAUGCAUGUCUGCACGGUGGCUGGCUGCAACGCUGCCUUCCCCUCUCGCCGAAGCAGAGACAGGGAACAGCAAAGCUGACUCUACCUAUGAAAAUACUCCCUGGGAAGAAUUCUAACUGGCCUAGAACCUGCAAUCUUCAUAAAGGACAUUUUCUUGACAAGUGUCAUAGAAGUGGUUGGCCCUGGCUUGCUUUGGUCAUUUCUUACCCUCUGUCUGGUAUUUUGAUCCCCAGGAGGGCUGAGUGGCCAUGGAUCAUCUGUAUAUUAGGGAAGCCCAUUUAUAAAUUACAUUUGGUUUUUAUUCCAAAAAAUAAAAACCCCUGUGUCCUCUUCUGCUGAAUUCCUUAUCAUUUGCUAGUAUGUUAAAAAUCUGUUUAUAUCUGUUUCGGUGAUUGGCUGUUUUAAAACUCCCUCAAUUAUAAUGAAGACUUGGUCUACAGAAACUAGAUGGUCUACAUAGAAAGAAAUACUUAAUCUGUUUGUUUUUCAUCUUAACAUGAAUUUUACCAUCUUUGUUCCUCUCUUCCCUCUGAGAAUAGUGGCCACUCAUUGCUACAGUUUGUCUUGAAUUUUAUCAGAAAGGUAAGCAUUGUGUUUGAUCUUCAAGGUGUAGGAAAGGUGAUUCAGCCCCAUGGAUAAAUUUAGAAACAAAAUAAUAUUUGCUUAGGGUGACUUAUAAAUAAAUAUGAGGCAACCAUUGGUGCCAAGUGGAAACCUUCUCUUUGAUUGCUACUUAAAUCCGUCCAGAUUUAAACAUGUAAACUUCUUGAUUUGUAUGAAGUAAGACAUCUGUAUUUGGUUUAUUAAAACCUGCUGAUGUCUCCAGAACUAAAUUUGUUCCUGUAUAGGCCUCUGGGUAGCCAUAGCUAAAAAGCAGAGAUGUAUGGUUUUUGCUUGUUUGAUUACCUGACUUCCAGCCCUGUACAGGUGUGCAGGAAUAAAUUAACAUAAGCUACCUCUGACGAGCCACUGCAUACAUUAACAGCAGAGGUGAAGAUGCGAAAACAUGCUACCUGCUCCUGUUUUCACCUUCCCAGCAGCGACAUCCAUUUUUCCCAUCAUUCUUGUUUAGAAAAGUUCUCUGUAAGUUUCCAAAGAGAGAUUUGCAAUAAAUGCAUAUGAUUUCACCAGGCAAUACCUCCUAGAAAUGAGCCACUUAGCACCAAUUUAAGAUAACUAUUAGUGCAUUUGCCCUAAUACAAUUAGCUGUCAAACAGUGUGUUAAUCUUCUCCAAGUACGAGAAGAGAACACUUUAAGGCAUCAGCUUUUUCAUUUCCUAUAUUUUUUGCCAUCCAAACUGCAGCUCUCCUUUACCAGAAUUCUUUUACAAGGUAAAGUCCUGUUGGUCCUCUGACUUUUAAAGGAAGACAUUUUUUCCCCCCUCUGUUACUCUUUUUAGUUUCACAGUACAGCCAGGAGAUCAAUAGGUCUUUUGUACUUAUCUCCAUUACUUUCCAUCAAAGGCAAACAAACAAAAUAAAUUCCCCCUUCUGAGUAAUUGCUAGUUGUGCCCUCCUCAAGCGAAACUUUGGUAGUAAGAUAAACUUCAGUGUCAUUCCUGUCUCUGGGGUUCUUUUUAUAUCCUGGGAGAAGAGCAAUGAGCAAAACGGCCUCCUUGUAUCAUGGGGAGAGACUCUGUCAAGCCUACCAUGCGCCUCGGAUCUUCCUAAUGACCUCCUGCUGGCCCAGCUGGAUGUAAGACAAGCUCAUUUAAGCCUCUGCUGACCUUUCACUCCUCCAGCCCAAGAAGUACACCAAUCACUUCCACCAAACUGCCUACCAACUAGACAACAAAGCUUAAUAUCGAGCAAAGGACUAACUGUCCAUGAUACAAAGAAGUUCUUACAAAUUUCUCUUGAUGGGAGUACCAUUAAAUCUCUUGUGGCUACAUAACUUCCACUGUGUAAAUGCAAUGCUUCCAUAUACCCUGUAUUCCUACCUUCCCUCAAAAGGAAUGAGCUACUACUCCCUCCAUCAGGAACUUGAAAAUCCAGGCAGAAAUAGCAUUAAGAUCAGCAUGUACAUACUGCAUGCAUAGGUGGUAAUUUUCAGGAUGGCACCACUUUGAAAGCGUCAUCUUCAUGAUUUCUGUCUCCCUUGGGUCUCCCGCCAUCUAUCUGAUCCCCUGAUAGACUUUUUUGGUCUCAUUCUUUCUCAUAAUGAUUCAUUCUAAGUAUUUGUUUUUGUAGAUAGUCUUUUCUUUUUUAAAACAAAUAAGAAAGGCCAUUUCUCACCUGGAAGCAGGUUAUGAGACUUCACACACAUAUUAGUAUUUGCUUGUAUCCUUCCUGCAAAGGUGGGUUCUCCAUAAGGUAAGAGGCUUCUACCAGCCCUUUCUUGCAGAGUGAUUUGUUGCUGUGCUAAAGAGACAGACUUUUCUUUCUCUGUUGAAAUUUCAUCGUGAAGGUUGGGCUAGAAAACGUUUCUUUUUUCUCUUUUUAAAAAGUCUUCUCAGAAAUAAUUUAAUGUUUUUGCCGUAAUACUCCCACAAGCUUCAAAUAAAUGAAUGUGGCAGAAUAUGAAAGAAGUUUACACUUGCCAAAAAAUUACAAUGUCAUAAAAAAAGGAUUUAUUAACUUUGAUUCUUGAGUGCCAAGAUGUGUGUGUGUGCAUGUGUGAGAAAGAAGCAAGCUGAGAAAGAGGAAAAAAGAAUGCUUUUCAGGAAAGGACAAUUUUUCUUCAGUUAACAGAAAGCUACACUUUUUUAAAAUACCUAGAUUUUAUGUCCUAAUGCAAGCGGCUUGAAUUAAAACAGGAGUUGUAAAUUCCUGGUAAAAAGCUGUUAUGCCUGAAGUGUUAGUGAUCUUAACUCUAGUACUUUAUGGAGUUUAUUACUUCUUUUAUUAACUAGGGGGGAAAAUGUUACCUACUUCUGGUUUAAUUCUUUUUCUUGCUUGCUCUAAUUAUUUUGACUUUACCUUAGGAAAAAAAAAAAAAAGCUGUGUUUCUAACCUGAACAUACGUAAGUGAUGCCUCCAGUUUGCUAUUGCAUAUAUCAAUUGGAAUUAUUGCCAGCUAUUCAAAAAUUAUGCUAACGUUCUCAUGUAAAUGUAUCCACAUAAAGUAUAUGUGUGUUUAUAUGUGAACAAUCACAUAAAUAAGAAUAUCAAAAGACAGAUCAUCCUUAAUUGCCAGAAUAGACAUCUUCAUCUUGGGAAAUGAUGUAUGAAGUUACUUUAGCACAUGGAUGGGAAAUAAGAUUUUUUUUCAGUCAGAAGAGACAGAUUUGGGCGAUGAGAACAACAGACCUUCAGAAGUAAGCCUCAUGGGUCUGAUGGCCAGCUAAGGGGAGCCGCUCGAACUCUGCUGGCUUUUUAGUCCGCUCUGUCACCAAGGGGGCACUGGGGGGUCAGUCCGCUCACUAGUAAUUGUGUUUUACAGACUUCUAAAGCAAUUGGCUCAGUCAGUCCCAAUUCAAUAAAAGUGGAGAGCAAGAGAGAGAGCACUUUUGUUCUAUUUUUUACUUGAAAUUAUUUCAUUCAGCAGUCUGUCUUUUUUAUUACCAGGACUUGACAUUAGCACUCCAAGCUAUAUUAGCAUCCAUUUCAGCAGUUCAGUAAUGGUAUUAAAAAAACACUUAACUUCAACGGUGAAUGGUUGUAUGACAGUACCAUAAAAAAUCCACAUUAAAAAAAAAAAAACUUAUGUAUUUGUCCCAGCAAAUUAUUUUUCACUUGUUUAACCACUUCAAAGCUAUGUUCUUGAGAUGGGUUUUCACGAGAACCUUCUUGCUCUGAGAAGCAAACAGUCAGCAGUGCUCUGUUGAUUAGGGAACCAGGAGAAGAGGGAAAGAGAGAUCCAGUGGGGAGAGGGGAGGUAAAGAUGCUGUUUACCCGUAGUUAGAUUACCUUCCAUUCAUCAGCAGAGAUGGAAUUGGCAACCUCAGAGCACCCAAGGUGAAAUUCUUGGAUCCUCAUGCCUGGCUGGGAUUUGAUGUUUAACCCAGCACUCCCCAAACUUGGGAGCAGAGCCUAACUACUUUGGCACUGCAGUGUGCUCAUAAAUGACUACAUUAGGUUCUAAAUUUUGAUUAAACAUUCAGUAAUUAAUCAAUGGUAGACAUGAAGCAGUUGGCAAGGUCCAGAGCUGCAAAAUGUUUAAGACAUAAAACAUUACGAAGUAAUUAGAAUAUGCUCCUUCAAGAGAAGGAUUGCCUUCAAUAAAGAGGUAAAUGAUAGCAUCCUGCUUAUUGUGGACGUAGGCAGCCAGAGCAAUAUGAUAAACUGCUGGAGAUACACAUAUCAGUAAUCAUCCACAUUAUUAGUGCCAUUAAUCAUAAUUCCAAAAAUAUGACAGCAGCAGCCAACUUUUUGACAAUUUCGCUUCUGCCCGUUGGCCAUUAUAACUUUGCUAAUAGACUGCGGAGCUCCUGUGUGUGGCAGUUUGCAUUGAGAAUGGAAGGUUAAUUAUAUUUGAGCUGCUGAUUUCUUCUCUCCUUGGAAAAGGCUUAGCACUUUGACAAUCCCAAGAGCUCACUGUUGUUAAACCAGUAAAAGUACCUUAUUGAAAUUUUCUUUGUUGGUCAGGAACAAGGAGAUGUUUCAAAUGAAAGAGAUGCACCAGGCUGGGAAAGCCGCUAAUGUUUCUUGCUCCAAAGUGAUCCUUGGGCAGCAAGAUGAAGUCAGAGGUUUCUUUAGCUCGCUUUGCUCUCGUUUCUCUUCGACAGACGGGGAAAAUUUCACUCUAUGGUGAUACACCAGGUGAAUCCCACAAGAUGCGUGGUGAUCUCAGUAUGUAUAUAUAGGACUAAGAAGUUGGGGGAAGUGGUUAAUGGUAUUGGAAGCAAUAAGCACCUCUUUCAUACAGAAUUCUGCUUCUAUGGCUAUGCUUGUGUGAAUGAUGAGUAAAAAGAAUUUCAGAAAAAUCUGAAUGUUUCUGAACUUUAAAAGGUAGCAUAGUUGUGUUGCUGGUUGCUUAACUGAAGUUUUCCUGUUGGUAGUUUUGACACCAUUUAACCAAAGAUAUAAAUUAGAUGUUUGUGCAUUCUUUUUGUUCAUGUGUCUUAAAUAGUUUCAUUUUCAACACAGAAUUCUAGAUAAGGCCAUAGCUCAAUUAUAAUAUUGCCUACAAAAUCCUGUCCCCUGGGAAAGUCGCACAUCCCUAAUGCUCUCUUUUUAAAAGAUCACAAAUUGUUUUAAUGAUAUAAAACCUUCUUGGAUAGUUAGGAAGUAUUUCCUUUGAAAAAGAUCUCAGAAAGAAACUGAUGUUCCAUGUUGUACACAUCAGAAAAGAAAGCUUAUUUUUAAAUAGGAGAAGAAAUUUGAAUGCCAAGAGAAAAAUGCAUUCUUACUGUUUUGGAAAUAGAUCUUCGGAACUCUUUGUAUAAGAUGAUAAAACCUGGGAUUGAAAACUGGAGAGUUAGUUCAUCUAGCGGAGAAGGUGAUAGCACCCCACUCCAGUACUCUUGCCUGGAAAAUCCCAUGGACGGAGGAGCCUGGUGGGCUACAGUCCAUGGGGUUGCAAAGAGUCGGACAUGACUGAGCAACUUCACUUUC